AACGGAGACCUGAUCUAUGGACCAAACCAGCUCAACGCCGCAAUCGGAGACAUCAUUCACUUCGACUUCAACUCCACCAACCACACCGUAACCCAAUCUACCUUCGCCGCCCCCUGCUCUCCUCUCGCUGGCGGCUUCAACACCGGCUUCAACCAAGUCAACAAGCUCAACCACACUGGUGUCAUCUUCCGUGAUUUCGAGGUCACAGUCUCCACCCCGCUCUGGUUCUACUGCGCCCAAACCGUCAAGGUCAGCCAUUGCCACGCAGGCAUGGUUCUUGGUGUCAACCCU